CAGCCUGUGCCCCAGAAGCAGGAUGAGAAGAUGGCAAACUUCCUGUUACCUCGGGGCACCAGCAGCUUCCGCAGGUUCACACGAGAGUCCCUGGCGGCCAUUGAGAAGCGCAUGGCUGAGAAACAAGCCCGAGGCUCAGCCACCUCGCAGGAGAGCCGUGAGGGGCUGCCCGAAGAGGAGGCUCCCCGGCCCCAGCUGGACCUGCAGGCCUCCAAAAAGCUACCAGAUCUCUAUGGCAACCCACCCCGAGAGCUCAUCGGGGAGCCCCUGGAGGACCUGGACCCCUUCUACAGCACCCAAAAGACCUUCAUCGUACUGAAUAAGGGCAAGACCAUCUUCCGGUUCAGUGCCACCAAAGCCUUGUACGUCCUCAGUCCCUUCCACCCUGUCCGCAGAGCAGCUGUGAAGAUCCUGGUUCACUCGCUCUUCAGCAUGCUCAUUAUGUGCACCAUCUUGACCAACUGCGUGUUCAUGGCCCAGCACGACCCUCCGCCCUGGACCAAGUAUGUUGAGUACACCUUCACUGCCAUCUAUACUUUUGAGUCUCUGGUCAAGAUUCUGGCUCGAGGCUUCUGUCUGCACUCAUUUACCUUUCUCCGGGACCCAUGGAACUGGCUGGACUUCAGUGUGAUCAUCAUGGCGUAUGUAUCAGAAAAUAUAAAGCUAGGCAAUUUGUCGGCUCUUCGAACUUUCAGGGUCCUGAGAGCUCUAAAAACUAUUUCAGUUAUCCCAGGCCUGAAGACCAUCGUGGGGGCCCUGAUCCAGUCUGUGAAGAAGCUGGCUGACGUGAUGGUUCUCACCGUCUUCUGCCUCAGUGUCUUCGCACUCAUUGGCCUGCAGCUCUUCAUGGGCAACCUGAGGCACAAGUGUGUGCGUAACUUCACAGCACUCAAUGACACCAAUGGCUCUGUGGAGGCUGAAGGCCUGGUCUGGGAGUCGCUGGACCUCUACCUCAAUGAUCCAGUUAAUUACCUGCUCAAGAAUGGCACCUCCGACGUACUGCUGUGUGGGAACAGCUCGGAUGCCGGGACAUGUCCUGAGGGCUACCGGUGCCUAAAGGCAGGCGAGAACCCUGACCACGGCUACACCAGCUUCGACUCCUUCGCCUGGGCCUUCCUCGCACUCUUCCGCCUGAUGACACAGGACUGCUGGGAGCGCCUCUACCAGCAGACCCUGAGGUCCGCAGGGAAGAUCUACAUGAUAUUUUUCAUGCUUGUCAUCUUCCUGGGCUCCUUCUACCUGGUGAACCUGAUCCUGGCUGUGGUUGCCAUGGCCUACGAGGAACAGAACCAAGCCACUAUUGCAGAGACGGAGGAGAAGGAAAAGCGCUUCCAGGAGGCCAUGGAGAUGCUCAAGAAAGAGCAUGAGGCCCUCACCAUCAGGGGUGUGGAUACUGUGUCCCGUAGCUCCUUGGAGAUGUCCCCUCUGGCCCCAGUAGUCAACCACGGGAGAAGAAGCAAGAGGAGAAAACGAAUGUCUUCGGGAACAGAGGACUGUGGAGAUGAGCGGUUUCCCAAGUCUGACUCAGAAGAUGGUCCCAGAGCAAUGAGUCGCCUCAGCCUCAGCAGGACGUCAGUGAAACCACGCUCCAGCCGAGGGAGCAUUUUCACCUUCCGCCGUUGGGACCUGGGGUCCGAGACCGACUUUGCAGAUGAUGAGAACAGCACAGCAGGGGACAGUGAGAGCCACCGCACAUCCCUGCUGGUGCCCUGGCCCCUGCGCUGGUCCACUGCCCAGGGACAGCCCAGUCCUGGAACCUCUGCUCCUAGCCAUGUCCUCAACAGCAAAAGAAACAGUGCUGUGGACUGCAAUGGGGUGGUCUCCUUGCUGGGGGCUGGUGACACCGAGGCCAUGUCCCCAGGGAGCCGCCUCCUCCGCCCCAUGAUGCUGGAGCACCCCCCGGACACGACCACACCUUCAGAGGAGCCAGGUGGGGCCCAGAUGCUGACCCCGCAGGCUCCAUGUGCAGAUGGCUUCGAGGAGCCGGGAGCACGGCAGCGAGCGCUCAGCGCAGCCAGCGUCCUCACCAGCGCCCUGGAAGAGUUGGAGGAGUCUCACCGCAAGUGCCCCCCGUGCUGGAACCGCUUUGCUGAGCGCUACCUGAUCUGGGAGUGCUGUCCUCUGUGGAUGUCCAUUAAGCAGAAAGUGAAGUUCGUGGUCAUGGACCCGUUCGCUGACCUCACCAUCACCAUGUGCAUCGUGCUCAACACGCUCUUCAUGGCGCUGGAGCACUACAACAUGACGAGCGAGUUCGAGGAGAUGCUGCAGGUUGGAAACUUGGUCUUCACAGGGAUCUUCACAGCAGAAAUGACCUUCAAGAUCAUCGCCCUCGACCCCUACUACUACUUCCAGCAGGGCUGGAACAUCUUUGACAGCAUCAUCGUUAUUCUUAGUCUCAUGGAGCUGGGCCUGUCCCGCAUGGGCAACCUGUCGGUGCUGCGCUCCUUCCGCCUGCUGCGGGUCUUCAAGCUGGCCAAGUCCUGGCCCACCCUGAACACGCUCAUCAAGAUCAUCGGGAACUCAGUGGGGGCGCUGGGGAACCUGACGCUGGUGUUGGCCAUCAUUGUGUUCAUCUUUGCUGUGGUGGGCAUGCAGCUCUUUGGCAAGAACUACUCAGAGCUGAGGCACCGCAUCAGUGACUCCGGCCUGCUGCCCCGCUGGCACAUGAUGGACUUCUUCCAUGCGUUCCUCAUCAUCUUCCGCAUCCUCUGUGGAGAGUGGAUCGAGACCAUGUGGGACUGCAUGGAGGUUUCUGGGCAGUCGUUAUGUCUGCUGGUCUUCUUACUUGUUAUGGUCAUUGGCAACCUAGUGGUCCUGAACCUCUUCCUGGCCUUGCUGCUCAGUUCCUUCAGUGCCGACAACCUCACGGCCCCCGACGAGGAUGGGGAAAUGAACAACCUGCAGCUGGCCCUGGCCCGCAUCCAGCGGGGUCUGCGUUUCAUCAAACGGACCACUUGGGACUUCUGCUGUGGGCUCCUGCGGCAGCGGCCUAAGAAGCCUGCAGCCCCAGCUCCCCGAAGCCAGCUGCCCAGCUGCAUGGCCAGCCCCAGCUCCCCACCACCCCCGGAAGUGGAGAAGGCACCCCCAGCCCGCAAGGAAACACGGUUUGAGGAGGGCGAGCAUGCUGGCCAGGGCCCCGCUGGGGAGCCAGAGCCCGUGUGCGUGCCCAUCGCUGUGGCCGAGUCAGACACAGAUGACCAGGAGGAGGAUGAUGAGAACAGCCUGGUCACCGAGGAAGAAUCCAGCAAGCAGCAGGAAUCCCAGCCUGUGUCUGCUGGCCCAGAGCCCCCCCGGGAGACCAGGGCCUGGAGCCAGGGGUCAGAGACCACCUCCUCAGAGGCCGAGGCCAGGGCGUCUCAGGGAGACUGGCGGCAGCAGCGGAAAGCAGAGCCCCGGGCCCCAGGGUGCAGUGAGACCCACGAGGAUAGUUACUCUGAAGGUAGCACAGCAGACAUGACCAACACUGCUGACCUCCUGGAGCAGAUCCCUGACCUCGGAGAGGACGUCAAGGAUCCAGAAGACUGCUUCACCGAAGGCUGCAUCCGGCGCUGUCCCUGCUGUGCAGUGGACACCACACAGGCCCCAGGGAAAGUCUGGUGGAGGCUGCGUAAGACCUGCUAUCGCAUCGUGGAGCACAGCUGGUUCGAGACAUUCAUCAUCUUCAUGAUCCUGCUCAGCAGUGGAGCGCUGGCCUUCGAGGACAUUUACCUGGAGGAGCGGAAGACCAUCAAAGUUCUGCUGGAGUACGCCGACAAGAUGUUCACCUACGUCUUCGUGCUGGAGAUGCUGCUCAAGUGGGUGGCCUAUGGCUUCAAGAAGUACUUCACCAAUGCCUGGUGCUGGCUCGACUUCCUCAUCGUGGACGUCUCACUGGUCAGCCUGGUGGCCAACACUCUGGGCUUUGCCGAGAUGGGCCCCAUCAAGUCGCUGAGGACACUGCGUGCCCUCCGCCCCCUGAGAGCCUUGUCACGAUUUGAGGGCAUGAGGGUGGUGGUCAAUGCCCUUGUGGGUGCCAUCCCAUCCAUCAUGAACGUCCUCCUCGUCUGCCUCAUCUUCUGGCUCAUCUUCAGCAUCAUGGGUGUGAACCUCUUCGCGGGCAAGUUUGGGAGGUGCAUCAACCAGACUGAGGGAGACCUGCCUCUGAACUACACCAUUGUGAACAACAAGAGCGAGUGCGAGUCCUUCAAUGUGACUGGCGAAUUGUACUGGACCAAAGUGAAGGUCAACUUUGACAACGUGGGGGCAGGGUACCUGGCCCUCCUGCAGGUGGCAACAUUUAAGGGCUGGAUGGACAUCAUGUAUGCAGCUGUGGACUCCAGAGGGUACGAAGAGCAGCCCCAGUGGGAGUACAACCUCUACAUGUACAUCUACUUUGUGGUUUUCAUCAUCUUCGGGUCCUUCUUCACCCUGAACCUUUUCAUUGGUGUCAUCAUUGACAACUUCAACCAACAGAAGAAAAAGUUAGGGGGCCAGGACAUCUUCAUGACAGAGGAGCAGAAGAAGUACUACAAUGCCAUGAAGAAGUUGGGCUCCAAGAAGCCCCAGAAGCCCAUCCCUCGGCCCCUGAACAAGUACCAGGGCUUCAUGUUUGACAUUGUGACCAAGCAGGCCUUCGAUGUCACCAUUAUGUUUCUUAUCUGCUUGAACAUGGUGACCAUGAUGGUGGAGACUGAUGACCAAAGCCCUGAGAAAGUGAACAUCUUGUCCAAGAUCAACCUGCUCUUCGUGGCCAUCUUCACAGGCGAGUGCAUUGUCAAGAUGACCGCCCUGCGCCACUAUUACUUCACCAACAGCUGGAACAUCUUCGACUUCGUGGUUGUCAUCCUCUCCAUCGUGGGCACAGUGCUGUCUGACAUCAUCCAGAAGUACUUCUUCUCCCCAACGCUCUUCCGAGUCAUCCGCCUGGCCCGGAUCGGCCGCAUCCUCCGGCUGAUCCGGGGGGCCAAGGGCAUCCGCACGCUGCUCUUCGCCCUCAUGAUGUCCCUGCCCGCCCUCUUCAACAUUGGGCUGCUGCUCUUCCUUGUCAUGUUCAUCUACUCCAUCUUCGGCAUGGCCAACUUCGCUUAUGUCAAGUGGGAGGCUGGCAUCGACGACAUGUUUAACUUCCAGACCUUUGCCAACAGCAUGCUGUGCCUCUUCCAGAUCACCACGUCGGCCGGCUGGGACGGCCUCCUCAGCCCCAUCCUCAACACGGGCCCCCCCUACUGCGACCCCAAUCUGCCCAACAGCAACGGCUCCCGGGGCAACUGUGGGAGCCCAGCCGUGGGCAUCCUCUUCUUCACCACCUACAUCAUCAUCUCCUUCCUCAUCGUGGUCAACAUGUACAUCGCCAUCAUCCUGGAGAACUUCAGUGUGGCCACAGAGGAGAGCACGGAACCCCUGAGCGAGGACGACUUUGACAUGUUCUAUGAGAUCUGGGAGAAGUUUGACCCAGAGGCCACCCAGUUCAUCGAGUACUCGGCUCUAUCUGACUUUGCUGACGCCCUGUCUGAGCCACUCCGAAUCGCCAAGCCCAACCAGAUCAGCCUCAUCAAUAUGGACCUGCCCAUGGUGAGCGGGGACCGCAUCCACUGCAUGGACAUCCUCUUUGCCUUCACCAAGAGGGUCCUGGGGGAGUCUGGGGAGAUGGAUGCCCUAAAGAUCCAGAUGGAAGAGAAGUUCAUGGCGGCCAACCCAUCCAAGAUCUCCUAUGAGCCCAUCACCACCACACUCCGGCGCAAGCACGAGGAGGUGUCAGCCACGGUCAUCCAGCGGGCCUUCCGGAGGCACCUGCUGCAGCGUUCUGUGAAACAUGCCUCCUUCCUCUUCCGCCAACAGGUGGGCAGUGGUGGCCUCUCCGAAGAGGAUGCCCCUGAGCGAGAGGGCCUCAUCGCCUACAUGUUGAACGAGAACUUCUCCCAGCGGGACAGGCCGCCCUCCAGCUCCUCCAUUUCCUCCACAUCCUUCCCGCCCUCCUAUGACAGUGUCACCAGGGCCACCAGCGAUAACCUCCAAGUGCGGAUGUCUGACUAUAGCCACAGUGAGGAUCUUGCGGACUUUCCCCCAUCCCUGGACAGGGACCGAGAGUCGAUAGUGUGAGCCUGGCUCCACCAGCCAAGACGCACACUCUUGCACCGUGGCAAAUCGGACUGCAGUCGAGACCAGCGUGCUGGAGCCUUCCUGGCCUUGGGCUUCAGGAGCGAGAGAUGGGCUUGGCCUGUGGAUCCACACAGCAGAGUUCUGUGGUGUUGUGUCAUCAGCCGGAAGCAGCGGAGGAGCCCUAUAGCACUAUUCUGGAGGCUAUGCCUGGAGCCCUGCACAAAUCAGGGGCCUGGCUAGUCAGGUGGCACCCUGGGCUCUGCAAAGCACUCGUCAUUGCAGCUGUUGAGGUGAAACACAAAACAGACUGUACGUGUUGUGAAUGAGCUUUCGUAAAUUUAUUAUAUUUGAUAUUUUUUUACUUGAGCAAAGGACUGAUGUUUUUUCUGUGGAUAUUGGCAGCAAUUCAUGCUGCAUCUUCUUAAUCCGGAAUAGGAGUGUCUAGGGAGCUGCUAGACUCUGUCCUCCAAGAGCAGAAUGCAGUAUAGCUCCCACAGGCCUUCCCCACCCAAAGGAGGGACAGGUCCUCUGCUGCUUGGGCUGACGCUCUUCAUUCACACACACACACGCACACACUCCUUCCACACGAGGCCAGGCCCAGGCCACAGAGGCCCAGACUGCCCUCAAGGGGUAUCAGUCACCUCUGUCCCCACCUCCUGAGUCCACGGAUGCAGUUUCUGCCAUUGGAGCUCAUUCUGGCCUUCCAUUCCCCCUGGGGUCCUGUUUUUCCCCUGUGUUUUUAUGCAGGCCACAAUGGUCAGUCCUACAAAAAUAAAAAGCUUCCAGAAGACUUGCCUGGGCCCCAGGGCUAGUCCCGGGCACGGAUGAUGGCCUUUCUUCCCUUCUGUAAGAGUAUUAACACUAAAACCCGCGGGAGUGAGGGCACCAGCCCAACUCACAGCUGGGCUUGCAGUUUGUCCUUGCUCCUGGAACCUGGCAGGCCAGGGACAAGCAGGCUGAGCCAUGAGGUCGAGGUUCAGUUUACCCAUUGUGCAGCUGUGUUGGCCUCCGGGCACGUGUGAAGGAAGCCGUUGCUGUCUGCCAGCCUCUCCCUGGGACUCUGGCCUUGUGGGGAGGGGAUCCUACCUGGGCCCUAGCUUUUUUCCAGAUGCAGCAUCAUGAAAUGGGGAGGGUAGGUUGGCUUCAUAGAAAAUGGCUCCCAGAUGGCCAGGCCUGGCUCUUGAUCCUGGGAGGGCACAAAAACCAUGAGCCUCUCUGGGAAAGGAGGCCAGUCUGAAGUGCCCACAUGCAGGACUGCCUUGUGACAGGGCUUGGGAUGUCCCAUAGGUCUUAUAAGAAGGCUUUUUCAGGGAAAAACACUUUACUAGUCCAAUUACCCCCAGGACCUCUAUAGCUGCUGACAAUCCUAUUUAGCAUAUGCAAAUCUUUUAAAGUAAAGCACUGUCGCCCCGAGGUGACAGGGUCGCUGGUGGAGCCUGAGCACACAGGAGUCCCACUGCCAGUUAGCCCCUCAGCAGAGCCGCCUCCUGCAAGGUUGGCCACCUCAGCCUCACCCACCUGCUCUCGGAUGGCUCUCCUCACCUACCUCGCCAUGCUAUCAGAGGGCCGGACCAUCACGAUGCGCACGGCAGUGCUGAAGGGAGCGUUGCCAGCGAGUAAAGUAUUAUGUUUCUUGUCGCCCCAGUUCCCUUGGUGGCAACCCUGCCCCCCACACACACUCCUAGAGCCUCCCCCAUGUACCCUUUGAGUCCAGCGUGGGGCUUGGUUUUAACUGUCCCAGUGACACUUUUCAGAGUGGAAAUCUUAUUUUUGUAGACCUGUGCUUUGCUCUCAAGGCUUGGAGAAGUGUGUCCCCUACUCCCCUGCCCACAGGAAUGCAGCCAGCCGGAAGGAGACUGUGGUCUGUGUUGUGGACAGCCUGGGAGCCUGGAGACAGGUGCUGGCCCUGGCUGUGGGUGGCACGAAGGGCGGGGCUGAGCUGGCUCCUAAGGUCGAUACAGCUCUCUCUUUUUCUCUAGAACUGCACAGUGACCAGCAGGAGGGGAGACUAAGGAGGGAGGGGGGAGGGACACGCCUCAAGUGCCAGAUGGUGUUGAACUAAUUGAGCACUUCUCACCAAACUUCGUGUAUAAAGAAAAUAACAUAUUUUUAAAACAAACCAAUAAAUGGCUUACAUGACCUGGUCUAGGCUCUGUUCUUAUACUCAGAUUUGAUAGGAUUGGUAGCAGCUCCUCAAGAAGGCUGUCAGGGGGCCUCCGCUGGAGAGAGGGGCACUGAGGUGGGGGGAUCCUAAGAACCGGGAGGAACUCCAGGUUGUUUUCCCU